AUGGGUCUGCUCGAUCACGUCAGCGGUGCCGUCUCGGGCGCCAAGUCGCACAUCAAACCUACCAAGGAAGACCGUCCUCCCGAGGGCGCCUCCGCCGACGACACCGAGGAGCUCGAUGAAGAAGCUGGCAACAUUCUCAUGUCGCUCAUCGGACAGCUCCGCAUAGGUAUGGAUCUGUCCAAAGUGACGCUGCCCACGUUUGUGCUCGAACCGCGCUCCAUGCUCGAGCGAAUCACCGACUUCAUGUCACAUCCCGAUCUCAUCUUUGGCGCUGGCAAGAUCGACUCGCCCGAAGAGCGUUUCCUCCACAUCACACGCUACUACCUCUCUGGAUGGCACAUCAAGCCCAAGGGCGUCAAGAAGCCCUACAACCCCAUCCUCGGCGAGUUCUUCCGCUGCACUUACAACUACACCGAUGGAACAAAGGGCUACUACAUUGCCGAGCAGGUAUCGCACCAUCCACCCGUCAGCGCUUACUACUACGUAUCGCCCGAGAACAACCUGAUCUUCUACGGCGAGCUCAAGCCCAAGUCCAAGUUCCUGGGCAACUCGGCAGCCACUCUGAUGGGCGGUGAGAACCGCGUCGUGCUGCUCGACCGUCAAGAAGAUGGCGAGUACCAGAUUUCAAUGCCCAACAUGUACGCCAGAGGCAUCCUGUUCGGCAAGAUGGUGCUCGAGCUCGGCGACACGAGCAAGAUCCGCAACGACGCCAACGAUCUCAGCUGCGACGUCGAGUUCAAGACCAAAGGCUACUUCACGGGUACCUACAACGCCAUCGGUGGCAAGGUCACCAAGGGCGGCAAGACGGUGGGUGAAAUCAGCGGCAAGUGGAGCGAAUCCAUGGACUACAAAGACUCGAGCUCGGGCAAGCACGAGGAGCUCUUUGACGCACGCAAAGCCACCAUCGUUCAGAAGGAGGUCAUCCCCGAAGACCAGCAGGAGGAGAACGAAUCGCGUCGUUUGUGGAGCAAGGUCACCGAGGGCAUCAAGGAGAAGAACCUCGACAAGGCCACCGAGAGCAAGUCGGCGAUCGAGGAGAAGCAGCGCGCGCUGGCAAAGGAGAGGGAGGAGAGCGGGUCCACCUGGGAGCCCAGGUUCUUUGUCCAGAAGGGCGACAAGUACUACCCCAAGAUGGAUGCUCUGCCUUCGGACGAGUACAGGACACAGGCGGUCGCCGAGUACUUUGCCAAGCUGUCUUAG